AUGUCCAAACCCACCGUUUCCGCCUACGUCGUCCACAUCGACAGCCCGGACAAGAGCCAGAGCUUCCGCGAGCACCCGGUCCUCGACUUCCUGUUCGACCACCAAGAGGCCUUUGACCAGGGCGACAUGAAGACGGGGCCCUACACGCGCUACCACACCGACGACUUCGUCUUCACCAAGGCCGACGGCACGGUUUUUGCGCCCGGCGAGGCGUCGUGGCAGGGCUGGCUGGCCGGCUACGCGCCGUUCACGGAACACCUCCACCAGGCGCGGUACUGCUGCGUGUACGAGCGUGGUGAUGGAAGCGGGUGGGAGAUGAUGGGCGUGGCACACGUCUUCGCCAACCUCGCCGCGCCGGGCGAGAAGACCAAGGAGGACCUGUCCGGGCGGCGGUGGGAUGUGGUCGUGCCGGGCGCGUUCCUCUUCAACUGCGUCAAGGAUCCGAGUGGCCCAAAGGGGUUCAAGGUCAAGUCGAUGACACUCUAUGGCGACGGGACGCCCGUGCUCGCCGAGAUGGUUAAGCGCGGGAUGGUCAAGCCGGAGGAUGUCGCGGGGUAG